CCUUCCUCACUUGUGCUGGGCACGGCGCAGGCUGCGGGUGGGAGCUCCCUGGCCAACCCCCACCAUGUCCCCGGGGCUCCCCUGCCCCGCGCUGGCCCUGGGGCUCCUGCUCCUGCUGCUGCCCGGGACUCGCAGUGACUGUGGGCCCCCACCGAAGCUGAAUCAUGCCGUCCCCUCCUAUGUGAAUCGCACAGAGGGCUUCCCUGUUGACACACAAGUUACAUACAGGUGCAGUGAUGGCUUCCUUAAAAUCCCUGGAAAGUCGGACACUGUAGUGUGCCUUUCAAACUCACAAUGGUCCUACAUCAACGAGUUUUGUGGUCGUAGUUGUGGUGCCCCAACAAGGUUAAAGUUUGCUGCCUUAAGUAAGGAAGAUGAGAGGAAGAAUUACCAUCCUGUUGGGAUCACUGUGAGAUAUACUUGUCGCCCAGGGUAUGAGAACAUCACUGAAAUGCUUCUUGUUAGUACUUGUCUUGACAACUUAACAUGGUCAGAAGCCCCUGAGUUUUGUAGAAGGAAAUCAUGUGGUCAUCCAGGAGAACUACUCCAUGGCAGAGCUGGUCAUACGACAGAAUUUCUGUUUGGUGCAAAAAUAGACUUGCUCUGUGAAGAUGGGUACAAAUUAAUUGGUCGGCCUUUCAUUCAAUGUGAGCUUAAGGGAGAUGAAGUUGAAUGGAGUAAACUUCCAACUUGCCAAGUGAUUACUUGUUCUUUCCCUCCUUACAUUGCCAAUGGGACAUACGAUGGCAGGGGUGUAGAAAAUUUUGCUUAUAACUCAACAGUAACUUACAGAUGUGACCGUGGGUUCCGGCUUAUUGGAGCUGCUUCCAUUCAUUGUACAACAAAAGAUAAAACAAGUGGAAUCUGGAGUGGACCUGCUCCUAAAUGCAAUGGUUCUUAUACUGCAUCCAAGAACGUGGUACUUGACCAACAUAAGAAAAAGAAAAUAAAAAGCAGACCGUAUUCUGUAUCACGAUUCCAAAACACACGUUUCACCAUCACUUCCUCCCAUUCUUCCUCAUUUCCCAGAGGUGACCUGAGGACACGAGGUAGCUGGAUUACUCCACCACUGUUCAGAUUUGCUGUACCACUGUACAUUAAUCAGAACUAUUGUUCUGUCAGAACCAAGGAAAGAUCUAUUUGCAGCCAAAGUUACAUGGGAAUCUCUGGAGUAUUACCCAGCGCCAAGUGCUUUCAAAACUUAAAAUGGUCAGAAGUCCCAGGGUUCUGUGCAAGUGAGCCUCUUUCCUUUUCUGUUUCAAUUGAUCUACAAGACAUUCUUGUGCGAGAGAUCUUUGCUAUCCAGAAGAACAGGAGCAUGGCAGAACUGCUGCUAUAACAGAUUUCCAAUUUGGUGCAAGAGUGGAUUUCAUCCGUGAGGAAGAGAGAGUAUCAGGCUGUGGUGAAUGACUUAAAGCUGCUGGCUGACUCUGGAAACUGAGUAUCAAAGGGUAAUCUCAAACCUACUCAAGGUUCGUGCUACAAAACCAAAUGCUCAGGGGCAGAACUUUGAAACGGAACUUGACCAAAGAUGGGCUGUGAUUCCUGGCCUUUCACGCUUCAAACGAGAACCCAGCUCUGUUCCAGGUUUGAGUGCAGAGUUUUUGGAUUUUGUGCCCACUGAAGUCUAGGCUGCUAAAAUCUUGGCUUGAUGGGAGGAUUUGUACUGCCUAGAUCUUAUAACAAAUAGAGACUUGAGUUGAAACAGAUGAUAGGGAAUCUUCUUUAUAGAAAGAAACAAGAAAGAUACUAAAAGGGAUUCCAAAGCUUCUGGGGGCCAAUCAUGAGUUGAUGUAAACAGUCAUAGCUCCACUGAGAUCAAAGGAACAAUGAUGAAGGAUUUUGCCUACUGCUGUAGCGCGAGUUGUUUCUUGCUAUGUAAUGUUCCCCGGUCAUGCUAGUACUGAUAGGUUGACAGUUACUUUUAUGGCCAGAAAUGCAGUCCAAAUUUCUAGACUAUUGGACAAGGAACCAGAUGCACCUGAAUGAAGAAGAAUAAGAUCAUGGUUUAAGUUAAUUGGACCAUUUCUUACUAAAUGUAUCUGGAAGCAAAAGUUGUGUGGAAUAAGGUGCUUUCAGCUUGCCAAUCUAAGACUCUCAUAAUGCUUUAAAACGAGCUUGUGCCCAGAGAUGUUGGCUUUGGUAUGGAGCUGAGGUUAGAAGUAGGAUAGGUUGUUUUGUUUCAAGGAGUGAAAGACUAGUAACCCUUAUGGGUAAAGUCCCUCCUACCCCUAACUCUGACUACAUGCUUAAAAUCUCAAGUUCCUUUGGAAUGAAAAAAUGGUAAAUCUCUGUUCCCAGUGAGCUUUCUGAAAACCUCCAAAAAAAAAAAAAAAAACUACACCACUUUCGGACCCUUCUUGAGGAGGGAGGAUCUGUAAAAAUCCACAGCCUGCUGUCUGGUCUAGUACCAGUUGUGCUCUUGGAAAAGUUCCAGCUUAGCUGUAUGCUGCUGGAACACUUGAGGAGCUUGUCCCCAUAGGCUGCAGGUCAAGCAGCUGUAUUGCCCUGUGAUUCAUGUAAGGGUGGUUUGUGCUUUGAGGCAGUCUCUCAAGGUUUGUGCUGUCAGGCUGGAGUCUGAGGCAAUGAGCAGUGCUGGGGAAAGGGUGGGGCAAAACUUGAGAACUGUGUCCAAUAUCUGACAGAGGUAAUGCCUCAAAUCUUUCUAAAAUACAGUGGUAAUUACAUGAACAAAUUGCUAAAUACCCUUCCCUCUUGGAAUUUGGGACAAAUAACAAAAAGCCUUUUAAGUAAUUAACUUUUAACUGAAACUUUUUUGUUUAAUAUUAAAUGUCAUAAUUCCUCUUUACUUUAGACUCCUGCUAUCCCUAAUGGAAUAGAUGGCAGGAAUGUAGAAAGCUUUGCCUAUCCCUCUGCAGCAACAUAGAUGUGACUAUUCUUUUGUCCUUCAUUGAAGAGGCAUCCAUUUAUUGUACAGUGAAAAAACAAAUGUACUUUGGAGUUGGCCUACCCUCAAAGCAAAGGUGACUGGCAUUUAGUAUUUGCUUCUUGGUCUACUGUAAUGCACCAGGAAAAGUAUUAAUUACUAGGCAAGCACCUAAAUUGAGGAAAUUGUUUUUUCUAGCUUAAACAUCUCAAUAAAUAUCUUUUUAAAACUGACGUUGUUGAAAGCUUAAGCUUUAUAGAACAGCUGAUCCACCAUAAAUAACUUGGGAGCAAUUCUGCCUCUCCUAGUGCCUGCAUUUUUGUUCUUCCACACUUUAAAGUUCUAAGACACAUCUCAGACCAGGGCAUGACUACACUAAAUAAGCUGCUACAUGGCUGAAGAGCUGCAGGUGCACCACUUAGCAUAGACACUACUUAUGCCGACGAGAGAGGUUCUCCCAUCCACAUAGGUAAUCCAGCUCCCCGAGCGGCAGUAGCUAGGUCAGCAGGAGAAUUCUUCCAUCAGCCUACUACUAUCAACAGCAGGGGUUAGGUCAGCAGAGCUGCAUGUCUCGGGUGUGAGAAAUCCACGCCUCUGAGACAUAGCUAUGCUGAUGUAAAUUCCUCACCAUACAUUUGAUAUGUUUCUCCUUUGCAAAGCCUAACCCAACGGUUAUUCCAAUCUGGAAAUACCAACCCCUCCCCCAACUUCCUGGGGGGGAAAAGGUAAAACGUUCUUUAAUCUUGCUCCAUGCAAGGAGGAUGUUGAGCCCUCUAGCUGAUUUUGUUCACACCAGUAUUUUCCACAAAAGUUAUGGGUGAUCUUUAUUUGUUCCCCAAGAGCAAUUUGUUUUUCUUUCUUUAUACAUCUGAAAGUAAAUUCCCAGAGUAAACAAAACAAGUUAGGAGUGGCUUGAGUAGAUUUUCAGAGGGGGCUUAUAUUUUUAGCCCUGCUUAGAGAAGCAGCAUCAUAUGUUAGAUCCUAGCCACAUAGAGCUCAUGGGUUUAUAGACUUUAAGGGUCUAAACCCACUGCCACUUGUGUAGUAUAGUGGGUGAACCAUGCACCUCUAACGCAUUCUUUGAGUGUCAUUCAGAUUCUUUUAUGUGUGGAGUUGUCACCCUGUUAUGCAGAUUUGUUAGCAUGAAGACAUUUAGCACUGAAUUAUAAAACCCUGAUUUGUCACAUGGUCAUGCUUCCCCUUGAUACUAAAAGGCAUGUUUACUGCCCCAUGAAAUUUGUGUUAAGUAAAUUUUGUAACUGAUAGAAAUCGAAGUUAAAGGAAAAAGCGCGGAGUUAAUUUGGUGGUCCCCAGACUGUUUUGCCUGCAUGACCCCAUUUUCAGACUUGAUUGCUCCAGCCAUUGCAGACAACAUAGGGGAUGCUAUUUUGUAAAGCAAAAUGGUGUCCGCUGCACAUGGGAUUGUGACCCAACUGCUGAUGGCAUGACCCCACUUGAGGUCAUGACCCAUAGUUAGGAAACUGCUGAGUUCAGAUAUAUGCUUAGCUCUUGUGGAUUAUCGAGUGGAUUGAUUUCAACUGAAUUUGGACACAUACUUAAACCUUUGCACUUUAAAUGGAUCACUUACGGCAAAUCUCUCAUUCCUGGACCUUUCUUUCCUUUCCCUCUUUCCACUAUAGCACCUAAUGUCCUGUGGAUUAAUGCACAAGGAUAAUUAUUGUUUAACAUUUUAAAUUGCAGUAGCUCCUGAAGGCAACAACCAAGUUGGGCCCUUUUAUGCUAGGGGGUGUAUAAACACUGUAUAAAUGACAGUCCAUGCCCUGAAAAGGUAGAUCUGACCCAUUAUUCACACAUGUACAAACUUUUGAUUUGUGAAUGACAGUACUCCAAUAUUAUCUAUUUAACGCUUAUUUGAAGUGCCUGCUGCACCUCCACUUUGAAGUUGAAAUGGGCUACAUCUUCUUCUGGUAAACUGGACAGUACAGCUUAGUAGAGGGGAGCCUAGACACGUAUAAGAGAACCCUUAAGAUCUCUGAAGAUUGCAGAAGAACUAUGCACGCAGAUAUUCCGAUGAUCCCAUGAAAUUUUUGUGAAGGACUUUUCUCAUUGUCUUUGUGUCUGAAAUAUGAAAGAGCCCUGAGAAACCUGCCUGCCUUCAAUGUUAGAUAAUCUGGGAGCAGCUCACUUGCCUCGUCCAUGCUGUACUCUUUCUGCUAACUUCCAAAUAAAAUAUUUGGUAUAAUCUAAGGUACUAAGUGAUGCUUCCCUAUGUAUGGAUUGUUCCUGGGAUCUGUUAACUGAUAUUCAUGAGUUUUCUAUUUCAGUUGACUUUAAUUUCUUCGCUCUAUAUUGAGAAUACCCAUUAUCUUGGUAAGCAAAUAAAAACAUUUUUAAGCUUUCA